CACAACGUAAAGUCGGCUGUGCUUGAUUCAUUAAUUCUUCUUUCUUUCUUUCCAAACAAAAUGACAAAAGGUACGUCCAGCUUUGGAAAACGUCAUAAUAAGACCCACACAUUGUGUCGUCGAUGUGGCCGUUCUUCGUAUCAUAUCCAGAAAUCUACUUGCGCCCAAUGCGGUUAUCCAGCUGCUAAGUUACGUUCGUAUAAUUGGUCUAUUAAGGCUAAGAGGAGGAAGACUACUGGUACUGGUCGUAUGCGUUUCCUUAAAGUGGUUAGGAGACGUUUUCGUAACGGUUUCCGUGAGGGUACCCAAGCCAAGCCCCGGAAAUCGGUACAAACUAAAUAAAAUCCUUACGUGUAUUAAAUCCAGGAAUAUUUAGUUGAAACGUCUUUAUGCUUUGCUUCUUUAAGAGAUAUGUAUAAAAGAACGGCUUUUUCAGUUUAUUUGAUAAAGCUAAAUAAAAAAAUCGAAGGCUUUUACGUCAAAAUACUUUGGAUUUCAUUGAACGGAGUUUUUAGAGAUUUUUUCUGUUUGGUCGUUCAACACUACGAUCAAAGUUUAGUAGUAAUAUUUUUUGAUUGGUCAGAACAUUGAGCAGUAUAUGCAUUAUUUUUAAUCUUUUCCUUGAUUACAAUCUCAACGCUAAUUAAUAAAUAUUUAUUUAUUGAUAUUGUCGAUGUGUUAAAGCUUUAAGGGUAAAAAAUGUGCGGUUUGUAUUAUCUUUAUUCCGAUAACGGCGAUAUGAUCUCCAACUAACGUCACUACCAGAGGAUCGAAAAGUUGAAUUGGCCUGACCUCUCACCAUCGUUGCUUGUCGGAUACCCGUUGUUUUCACCCAAUCAUUAAUACCAUUUGGGAUUUUCCUUUUCGCAAGCGGGACAAAAGAGAAAAGCACCUGAACCAAAGUACUUGGUUGAUAUGGAAGGGAAUUGCACCUAAUCGCAAUGGUGAAGCAAUGUACAAUCACUUACCAGCCGGAAAUCAAACAAUGAAGUGGUUGUAUAAGCUACAUCAAAAUGAGUUGGGUUAUGAAAUAAUGAUGCAUCGCAUCUCAAGCAAAGAGAUUUGACCAGAUAAGCUUUAGUUACCUUAAACAAAUCA